ACUGCAACAGUAUAUAGAUCACUACGAUGGAGAUCCGAUUUAAAAUGUUGGGUUGUAUGCGACAAGUACUGGCUUGGUGAAACUUUUAAUAAGAUGGCGGUACCUAGACUAGCAAACCGUUUUGCUGGUAUCUCAAUUUCUAGCAGCCGAAGCUUUAGCACUACCCCUCAACAAAACAUCACUUUAAAAGAUGUUCGUCUUCGGUUGAAAUCUGUCCAAAACAUUAGGAAAAUUACAAAGACUAUGCAAAUGGUUUCAGCAGCUAAAUAUUCCAAAGCUGAAAGGGAACUCAAAACAGCUCGAGUGUAUGGAAUUGGUGCCCAAGCUUUGUAUCAAAAAGCUUCAUUGCCCAAGGAAGUGGAUGAGCAAAAUCAUUUAAUUAUUGCUAUUUCAUCAGAUCGUGGUUUGUGUGGCUCAGUUCACUCUGGUAUUUCUAAAGCUGUCAAAGCACGUGUUGCUUCCUUACCAGCAGGGGUCAAAACUAAACUUGUUGUGUGUGGCGAUAAAGCAAGAAACAUCUUGCAAAGAACACAUUCUAGUGACAUUCUAUUCAAUAUGAAUGAAUUGGGUCGCAAACCACCGAUUUUUGAAGAAGCAUCUUUUAUUGCAGAGCAGGUUUUAGAUUCAGGUUAUGACUUUGAUCAUGGAGAAAUGUUUUACAACAAAUUUAAAUCUGUGAUAUCAUAUUCCUGUACUCCAAUGGAUAUUUAUUCCCUUAAGACUCUUAGUACUGCAGAGGCGAUGCUACAGUACGAUGACGUUGAUGAAGAUGUUUUGCGUAAUUAUCAUGAAUUUUCUCUAGCAAAUUUAAUUUACUUUGGUAUGAAGGAGUCAGCAUGUUCAGAGCAAAGUGCUAGAAUGUCAUCAAUGGAUAAUGCUACAAAGAACGCUGGUGACAUGAUAGAUCGUCUUAGAGUUAAAUAUAAUCGUACUCGACAAGCUGUUAUCACCACUGAACUUACGGAAAUUAUUUCUGGUUCAGUUGCUCUGGAAACUAAAGAAUAAUAUUUGAAUCUUAUUGUAGUUUAUUUGCAAAUCAAAAUUUGUUUUCAAGUCAUUUUUAA